UGCCUGAGCCUCCUCUACCUCUUCUCCGUGUGCCACAUCCUGCUGCUGGUGCACCCCACUUGCUCCUUCGACAUCACCUACGACCGCGUCUUCAGGGCGCUGGACGGGCUGCGACAGAAGGUCCUGCCCUCCCUGAAGGCCGCCAUCAAAGACUGCCCGGUGGGCAAGGAGUGGAAGCUCAACUGCAGGCCGUGCCCUCCGCGUCUCCUCUUCCUCUUUCAGCUCAACGGGGCCCUAAAGGUGGAUCCCCCGCCAGGCAGAGGCCAGGACCCUUGCAGUCACCUGGAAAAGCCACCGCCGAAGAAGCACUCCCCCAAGAGGAGACUGCAGCAUGCUCUGGAGGAUCAAAUCUACCGCAUCUUCCGCAAGAGCAGGGUGUUGACCAACCAAAGCAUCAACUGCCUGUUCACCGUGCCUGCUAACCAGGCUUUCGUGUACAUUGUGGCUGGGGGGGGCCAGGGUGGGGGUGACCCCGCGGGACCCAGAAGGUGUCAGAUGAUCCGACUCGGCAGGCAGCAGCUGCCCUUCCACGCAGAGAGCAGCAGCAGCAGCUCCAGCUCCUCUGGACAGCUUGUGGACUGCACCCUCAAGGAGUUCUUGUGGCAGCACGUGGAGCUGGUGCUCAGCAAAAAGGGUUUUGAUGACAGCGUGGGGAGGAACCCGCAGCCCUCUCACUUCGAGCUCCCGACCUACCAGAAGUGGGUUGCUGCAGCUUUAAAACUGUAUGAAGUGACCAUUGAAGGCAAAGAUGAUGACCCGACCUCCCUCACUGGGGAACUGAGCUCAAAAAUCAUGAGCAGCAUCAAAGUCUUGGAAGGCUACUUAGAUAUAGACACCAAAUUCUCAGAAAACCGUUGCCAGAAAGCUCUCCCCAUGGCCCACAGCGCUUACCAAUCCAACCUGCCCCACAACUACACCAUGACGGUCCAUAAGAACCAGCUGGCGCAGGCCUUGCGUGUGUACAGCCAGCACGCCCGCGGCCCGGCCUUUCAUAAGUACGCCAUGCAGCUCAACGAGGACUGCUACAAGUUCUGGAGCAACGGGCAUCAGCUCUGCGAAGAGCGAAGUUUAACCGACCAGCACUGCGUGCACAAGUUCCAUCUGCUCCCAAAAGCAGGGGAAAAGCCAGAAGCAGACAGAAAUCCUCCAGUUCUGUACCACAACAGCCGGGCUCGUUCCACUGGUGCCUGUAACUGCGGAAGGAAACAAGCUCCUCGGGAUGACCCUUUUGAUAUCAAAGCAGCUAAUUACGACUUUUACCAGCUGCUGGAAGAAAAAUGCUGUGGGAAACUGGAGCACAUCAACUUUCCCGUAUUUCAGCCAAGCACACCUGAUCCGGCACCAGCUCGGGAUGAGUCUUCCCCUGCCCCUCCAGAAGGCGAGAUUGAGAAACUUAAAGAAAAAGAACCUCAGACUCAGGGAGAAAGCACGGGCCUGAGCUUAGCCCUCAGCCUGGGUCAGUCGACAGGCAGCUUGGGCACUUACCCGCCUGAUGCCCAGGGUGGAGGGGACAAUGCAGAAAGUCACGGGCAGAGUGGGGAUUCCAAAAGUGAGAAAAGGCCAAGCCUCGUCGAUCGCCAGGCAUCCACUGUCGAGUACCUCCCUGGGAUGCUCCAUUCGAAUUGCCCCAAAGGUCUUCUGCCCAAAUUCUCCAGUUGGUCACUGGUUAAGCUGGGGCCUGCUAAAGCUUAUAACUUCCACACAGGCUUAGAUCAACAAGGCUUUAUCCCGGGAACGAACUAUUUAAUGCCUUGGGACAUUGUCAUCAGGACGAGAACUGAAGAUGAAGGAGACCUAGAUACCAAUUCGUGGCCUGCACCUAACAAGGCUGUUCCUGGAAAAAGAAGUGCAGUUGUGAUGGGAAGAGGAAGACGGAGAGAUGACAUAGCUCGAGCAUUCGUAGGGUUCGAAUAUGAGGAUGCCCGUGGUAGAAGGUUCAUGUGUUCAGGGCCUGAUAAAGUCAUGAAAGUGAUGGGAGGGGGGCCAAAGGAAUCUGCCAUCAAGGCCCUCAAUUCCGACAUGCCGCUGUACAUCUUGUCGUCGACUCAGGGACGAGGGCUCAAGCCACAUUACGCUCAGUUCAUGAGGCUCUUUGUGGUGGUUCCUGAUGCUCCGCUGCAGAUCACGUUAACGCCUCAGGUUCAGCCAGGGCCACCACCUUGUCCUGUAUUUUACCCUGAGAAGCAGGAAAUAACUCUUCCAUCUGAUGGACUCUGGGUGCUGAGAUUUCCUUACGCAUACGUGACAGAGCGUGGACCCUGCUUUCCUCCCAAAGAAAGCCAACAAUUAAUGAGUUACAAAGUUCUCCGAGGAAUACUGAAAGCGAUUACACAAUAAGAAUUAUUCUGCUAGAUUAAUUUUGGUUUAAAAAUACUGUCUUCAGUCCAAAUAAUGGAUUUUGAUUCGUG